CGUCUCUAGGAGAAGUACGGUUUUCGAAAACCAGUGAUUUCCCCCCUACAAAAUGGUUAUUUUCUAAACUUAUUAUGCUCAAAAUAAAAAAAUAAAGAAAGUAAUUAAUAUCCAUACAUAGAUCUCAAGUGCAACAACUCGAGUUCUUGGUACCAUUUUAUUUAUGAUAAGCGUAACUCGCACACCUCGCCGACUCUAACCAUGUUAAUGUUGGGUUAACUUUUGCCGUCUAUCAAACUGGUUGGUGGCGCAAGAAAUGGAGUGGAGACUGGAGAGUACGAAUUUGCGUUUUCGUAGGUUGCUGGUCGAGAUCGUAUUUGCAAGGGUUUUUAAUAAUUGUCCUGUAUUGUUAAUCGCAUUAUUAUAAGGACCAUAGAGAGACGAAAACAAUUAUAGGUGAUGGGACAUAUUCAAUUGAAAUUGUCAUACACUAAAAUAAGUGAAUCCAUAGAAUCAAAAAGUGAUCAAAAUACUUACCACAUUUGGCUCACUUUUUGCACGAAUCGUUGUGUUUUGUAUUCCGUUUCAGAAUCAAAUCCAGUUGAGAAGUGAGACAGAGCCCUUACGACGCUACCCAUUAUGACAUUUUUUAUGUAUGAUAUCAUGUUCAUAAUGUCCAUUUAAUCCUUAGUAUCGAUGAGUUGUUUGAAUUCCCUUUAUAAUUAGAUUCCGCCCCUUGGUUAAAACUUAAAAUCCAUGAUAUUGGGAUUCAGAUUACUUGAUUACGAAAUUAAUUAAUGGAGAUCAUGUAUGUCAUCUAUAUGACACCUGCCCAAAGAUAACACGAGAUUAAAUAUUUUUUAGAUCUGUUCACUGUUUAAUUAAUGUAAAUCUAAAUCUCCCCCAAUUAUGAUUCCACGAUUUUGCUCUGAAGGAAAAAAUAUAAUGCUCGCCAUGCAAAAUGCCUUUGGAAUGACAGAAACGGGUUAACCCUUCACUUCACUGCGAAGCAAGAUUGUGAACCCGCGGUUGACCCACUUUGACCCUGACCCGGUGAAAAAAACGGGCCACACACAUUCGCCGGAUCGACCGGCAUAAGGUACCGGGUUGAAGGUUAAAUUGUGUCAUUUUUGUUUUAUUUUGCGAAAUGCGCCUAUUUUUCGAUUUUUCUUUUCGCCUAACUCUAUAUUUGGAAUCCUAAGUUGAACAUUUGAAUAUUAAUGUUAUAUAAGGGUGUGUGAAUUUUCACUAUAUGUUGAAUCUAAGUACGAAAUGUUAUUUUGGUGAAAUAUUAUAUGUUAUAACUUAUAUGUUAGAUGAGAUUUGAUAUAAUUUAUCAGGAUAAGUACAAUAUAAUGACGCUUUCCAUAUUUCCGGGCUAAACCAGGUUAAAACGGGUGACCCAUUAACCUUGACCCACUAGCUCAACCGGGUCCGAGUCAACCCACGGGUUGACAACCUUGCUGCGAAGUACUGAUAAAGAAAGGGAGGGGGUAAUAUAGUCAUUGCACAAAGCACAAUGGAAGACGCGGCCUCUUCUGCUGUUCCCAGCUCAACUCAGCCUGGUAAAUAAUAUGAAUAUAUUAAUAUUAGUCCAGAUUUUCUUUACACGUUUUCAAAAGUGAUAAAUUCUAUGUAUAUUAAUUACUAAUCAGUUGGAUAAGGAAAAGAAUCACAGGGGUUAAUUACAUUUAUAAUUCUACUCCACAAUGAAUGGAAUAUUACUAAUAUAUCCAUUUUAUCCUCAAGAUAUUUAAAGUUGCCAAGAAAGAUCGAUUUGAUGAUUGAACUUUCUCAUAGUGAUUGUCCGGUACAUAAACUUUUAAAUUUAGUUAUUGCAGGACGGUAGCACAUGAUACUAUUCAAAAUAAAAAGCCAAACGAAUGUAAAUCAUCGCCCUAAUUUGUCAAAUAGUUAGUCUACCCCCCAAAAUUUAGAAUUGAAAAUGAAUUCUUUUAAAUACUAAACAAAAAAAUAUUUCAUUUCAAAAUGAAUUCCACAAAACUUAUGGAAUUCAUUUAUACCAAACGGUAUGCUAGCAAAAUAUGCAAUUGUUGCCCCGUUGGGUGCAAAAGCUUACAAAUGCAUAGUUAUAUGGACUAAACCGUAAUUCGCCAUCCCCUUAAGUAAUGAUGGGAGAGGAUACUUAAUUUUGAUUUUGAUUUAAUUGUAGUUUUAGGAGCGCAAUGAUAUUGCACAUUCAUUCAUUCAUUCACGAAAUCGACACGAAAAAGGGAGAGAGGCAGAGAGCAAGCUCUCACUAUAAAUGCGGGACUCUCUUCCGAACUUCCCUCUCCAUUAUUACCUCUUUUCUUUUCUCUCGCAAAUCUCUGUGUUUUCUUCUUCAUCCCUCCCCUUGGCUUCUUGGGAUUAUCUGGGUACCUCCGUCUUGACCUGUAUUGAAUUCGUAAGUCAAUUCCUUUUCCCUCUGUCCUGUUUUGCUUUCUCACCUUUGCACGAUCACGGGCUUCUUAAGUUUUUUGGUAUUGAGUUGAUUCUGCGAUCUGGGUACUGCUCAAUUUGUUUCGUUGUAGAUCUGAUCGUGAAUCUUGAGUUGAUUUGCUUUCUGGGUUCUUUUCUUUUAGCGUAGUUGGCAUGGAAUCUUUGCAUGUUACUCGAGCUGUAGACAAUUUAGGUGCUCUGCAAAUGUAGGAAGUUUCCAUCAUGGGAAUUUGCUUCUCCUCCUUUUGGAUCCAAUUCCCGCAUCUCGCUUCAAUUGGUCUUUGGCAUUGGAUCUGCUAUCGUAAGAAUAGAUCUUGAUGCAAUUGGGGACUCUGUUGCUGUAUGGUGCUCUUUCGAAAGUUAUGUGUUUGAUUGCUUAGGAUAUUGAACUCGGAUCAAGAUACUGGGUGAUUGUACGAGAUACUUUAGCUGUUUUUCUGUUCUUAUGAUCGUGAUUCCCAGCAAACUGGAACGAUUUUUUGAAUCUGGGGAAAGGAUCAAGGUGUCCUGAAAAUUAUGCGAUUUCCUUGUGUAAACUUUUCAGAUCUAACAUGAUAUAUUCAAUUUUCGUUGGUCUCGGUGGGCAUUCAUGUUGAAUCUAUGCACAUUAUAUGUAGUUUUAUGUUGUGCCCUGUAAUUGUUUACGUCGAACUUAUAAUCUGUACGCUCUGAUGGUUGCAGCAGGUCAUAUAGCCAUGUCUACAUAUACUCCAAAGAACAUCUUAAUUACUGGUGCAGCUGGGUUCAUCGCAUCCCAUGUAUGCAAUCGGCUGAUCCGCAACUACCCAGAUUACAAAAUUGUUGUCUUGGACAAGCUCGAUUAUUGCUCGAACCUGAAGAACCUCCUUCCUUCAAAAUCAUCUGCCAACUUCAAGUUUGUCAAGGGGGACAUUGGCAGUGCAGACCUUGUCAACUUCCUUCUCAUUACCGAAUCUAUCGACACAAUUAUGCACUUUGCUGCCCAAACUCAUGUCGACAACUCAUUUGGCAACAGCUUUGAGUUCACCAAGAACAACAUCUAUGGCACCCAUGUUCUCUUGGAGGCCUGCAAAGUCACCGGUCAGAUCAGGAGGUUCAUCCACGUGAGCACUGAUGAAGUCUAUGGGGAGACUGAUGAAGAUGCCGUUGUAGGAAACCACGAGGCUUCACAGCUUCUUCCGACGAAUCCUUAUUCUGCAACAAAAGCUGGUGCUGAGAUGCUUGUGAUGGCUUAUGGGAGGUCCUAUGGGUUACCUGUGAUCACGACUCGUGGGAACAAUGUGUAUGGACCUAAUCAGUUUCCUGAGAAGCUGAUUCCUAAGUUCAUCCUCUUGGCUAUGAGAGGGAUGCCUCUUCCGAUCCACGGGGAUGGUUCAAAUGUGAGGAGCUACUUGUACUGUGAGGAUGUAGCGGAGGCUUUUGAGUGCAUCCUUCACAAGGGAGAGGUUGGCCAUGUGUACAACAUUGGGACAAAGAGAGAAAGGAGAGUCAUUGAUGUUGCCAAAGAUAUAUGCAAGCUUUUCUCUAUGAAUCCCGAGUCGAGCAUCAAGUACGUGGAGAACAGACCAUUUAACGACCAGAGGUACUUCCUUGAUGAUGAGAAGCUGAAAAUUUUGGGCUGGUCAGAAAGAACUAUUUGGGAGGAAGGGUUGAAGAAGACUAUUGAGUGGUACACUCAAAAUCCUGAUUGGUGGGGUGAUGUCUCGGGUGCCUUGCUUCCUCACCCAAGAAUGCUGAUGAUGCCUGGUGGAAGACACUUUGAUGGUUCUGAAGAUGGAAAAUCGGGUUCUUCUGCCCCAGACUCUUCUUCUAGUCAGCCCAAGAUGGUGGUUCCAGUUCCUAAAACUGGAACCACUACUCCAGCAGCUUCUUCUAACAAGGCUCCUCUUAAGUUUUUGAUCUAUGGUAGGACAGGGUGGAUUGGCGGUCUCCUUGGGAAGUUAUGUGAGAAGCAAGGGAUUUCAUAUGAAUAUGGAAAGGGUCGUUUGGAAGAUCGUUCAUCGCUUUUGGCAGAUAUUGUCAAUGUCAAACCCACUCAUGUAUUUAAUGCUGCUGGUGUUACUGGUAGACCAAAUGUCGAUUGGUGUGAAUCGCACAAAACAGAGACCAUUCGGGCUAAUGUUGCUGGUACGUUAACAUUAGCUGAUGUUUGCAGAGAGCAGAACCUCAUCGUGAUAAACUACGCUACAGGCUGUAUAUUUGAAUACGAUACUGCUCACAAGCAAGGCUCUGGGAUUGGGUUUAAGGAGGAAGAUAAACCAAACUUUACUGGUUCUUUCUACUCAAAAACUAAGGCCAUGGUUGAGGAGCUGUUGAAAGAGUACGAGAACGUGUGCACACUCAGGGUGAGAAUGCCGAUAUCUUCAGACCUAAACAACCCACGAAACUUCAUCACAAAGAUCUCUCGAUAUAGCAAAGUGGUCAACAUCCCAAACAGCAUGACCAUUCUGGACGAGCUUCUACCCAUCUCCAUCGAGAUGGCGAAAAGGAACUUGAGGGGGAUCUGGAACUUCACAAACCCGGGUGCGGUCAGCCACAAUGAGAUCCUAGAGAUGUACAAGAAGUACAUCGACCCUAAGUUCACAUGGACCAAUUUCACCUUAGAGGAGCAAGCCAAGGUCAUAGUUGCACCGAGAAGCAACAACGAGAUGGAUGCCUCCAAGUUGAAGAAGGAGUUCCCAGAGUUGCUGGGGAUCAAGGAGUCCUUGAUCAAGUAUGUGUUCGAGCCCAACAAGAGAACAUAGGGACCUCCAUCGAAGAAGAAGAAUCUGGUUUGAAGACAUCUUAGUUUGGUGCAAAUAAUGGUUCGUGUUGGUGGGUGGCUCAGGGGGGUAAAUGAGUGUUUAGCAUACUAGGGUUAUAUCUUUUGCUUACACAUUAUUCAUUUCCUCUGGAGCUUCAGUUUCAUUAUUUUUAUUCUUCAGCAGCCAUAUUCUGAGAACUCUGAUGGUAAUGUGUUUCUAGUAGGGGUAAGAGGCAUAUGCUAGAGUGAUGAUUUAUUUGUGUUGUAUUCUUUAGCUUUAGCAUAGUGAGUGAGGCAGAGUCAGUUCAGCCAGUUGACUCCUACUGUCAUUUGGUUGCUUCUGCAAACUAAUAUGCAGUUUGUUAGUUGAGUGACUUCUCUUUCAACACAUUUAUGUUCCACAGUUGUUUGUUUCCCAUGAAUUGGUCUUUAGACUUCUGAUUCUUUAGCAGUUGAUGAAUGAGCAGGAGUUGCUAGUUGGUGUGAAUUCUCCGGUUUUCCAAGUUUAGUUUACAAAUAUUGCAUUACAUAACAGACCUGAUAUAUAUAUAUAGCUUCAUUUUCUGUCUGAUAAUGAUAUACAUUGUAUAUAUAAAGAUAUAUACAUAUAUAGGUACAAAGCUCCAAAUAUAGAUUACAAAUUUGG